GCCGAUCGUAGUCGCAUAUAAAGUGCGCAUCUCGUCACUCCAAAGACCAGUUUUUGGCUCUCACGAACUGCGAAUAACGAAGUAUUGGCCAAGUCGCCGUCAGUUACCAAUCGUAGUUUGAGUCGAGCGGCAAUAUUACCCAGCCAUGAAGCAGUUUAUAGUUUUGGUCGUGUGCUUGAUUGGCGCCACCAGCGCGGAUGUAUCCCAUCUGGUUACCCCGGAGCCCAAGGUCCCGGCCAGUCCGUAUGUGUUCAGCUACCAAGCUGGCCGAGCUCCCGGACAUGUGGAUCGCCAGCACACUGAGGUGUCCGAUGGAUCGGGUGUCAUCCGCGGUGCCUUCUCCUAUGUGGAUCCCAAGAACCAGGUGCGCACUGUGCAGUACGUGGCCGACGAGCACGGCUUCCAUCCUCAGCUGAGCCACAAACUGGAGGACAGUGCUGCCGUUCAGGCAGCCAAGAAGAGGCACUUCGAAGCGUACAACCGAAUUGCGCAAGAGCACGCCAGUCACACACCAGGCCAAGCGUCACUGGCAGCCGCUCCGCAUACCAGCGCCGCUGUGGCUCAUGCCACUCAGAAGCACCUGAGCGCCUUCGAGCGGAUCGCCGCCGAACAUGCGGCCAUUGGACGCCAGCAGGAGGCACAGCGUCUGGCACUGGCCGCCCAAUCCGAGCAUGGAGAAAUCGAGGAUGGCCAGUACCACCCGUAAAAAGUGUUUGUGUAACUAUCAAACUGUAUUGAAUGAAAAUAAAAAGGAAAUUUCCAGGUGCGACCGUU